UUACAGAAAAAGCGUCUUAUUCAGCUGUAUGGAAAGAACCAACUGUCAAAUAAUAAACUUCGCAUCGCUGAAGAAUUCGCACUGGGGAAGAGUUUGACUCAACUGGCCUCGGAAAUGGGCAUCGCUAAAGCAACUGCGGAGGUGUACGCCAUCGAUUGCCUUGCAGCUGGCAGGAAGAUUGACCAUGAGCAACUAGCAAGUUUUCUUGCCUUAACAGCCGAUGCUUUUCAGCGCAUCAAAGUCACCAUUCUAUCGAAUGAAGACAACAGGCUGCGCACAAUACGUGAUUCACUUAGUGAGGAAUUUUGCUACAAUCAGAUCCGUUUUGUCCUGGCAUGUUUAAUUCACGAACUGGAACUUUGA